AUGACCAUGGGUGUCGCCGGGAGCGGGCGGCGCGGCGCACGCAGGCAGCCCGCAUCCACAAGGGCCCGCCGAUCCCAAGCCGGCUCGGCCGCCUCAUUCCCCUUCAUCCGGCACUUUCGCUCGCGCGGCGAAAGCCUGUUCCAGCAUCAUGGUCGCUGGAUUUCCAAACAUCAGAUACGCACUCUGCUUCUGUGCUCGCUCGUCAUCACCUCGCUCUUCUACCCGGCCGUCGGCAUCUAUUUUUGGGCGUCCAAGGGCGGCCCCGGCGUAUCCAGAGGCGAUGCAAAGAGCGUCUGGAGAUCCCUCAGCACUCCCUUCAUGGACUCCUUCGCUAGCAGCGGCCGUAAGCACGUCAAUAGCCUCAGCGACCUCCGUAUGAUCUGGGACGAUGCCCCCGACCUCAGGGCCAUCGACAUCGGCGACGCCCGCGCCAUCUUCGACCUGCAGGCGACCCAGAUCCAACCAGCACAUACGUCGGCGCCGGCUGUUUCGCGUCCACGCUGCCAAUCCGUGCGCGUCGAGCACGUCUUCAUCACCACCGACGAUGUCAUGGCCGGUCGGGGCCCACGCUUCGGCGUUCUGGAGAAGCGCAUUCUGCAUUCCGCUCUUCAGUUGCAAAAGUCGAUCGAGUCCGAGCUGCGCGGGCGGUACGAUCCAGACUCUGUCGAGCUGCAGCUAGACUGCGUGCAAGUUCGGCCCUCGUUUCCAGGCAGACCGAGCUCGCACGAGCUCAGCCAGCCUUCCAACACGGAUGACGCUUGCUUGACCUUGUCCCCGCUCGAAUACUGGAAUCUCGACUCGGACACAAUACUAGCAGAGGACGAUCCAGCUCAGCUCGUCUCCCAUUCCACGCUCAAUCGUACGCUUCGAGGAGUGCCCAUCUCCUUUUCCACCACUCUUGCCGGUCGCUGGCAUCUCUUCAAGCGACUGCCGCGUGCAGAGUACCUCGCAUUCACCUUCUUUCUACGCCAGGAUUCAAGCGAAGGCGGCUGCUCGGAUCUCUCAGCAUCCACGCCUCCCGCUGCUCGCCCGACGUUGAGUCACUCGCGAUGGCACGAGCUGCUCAACCGCGUCACUGGUGGCCAAGUCCGCCUCAUUGCUUCCCCAGAGAGCGUUCUGCACAGCCUCGUGCUUCGGUUCUCCCCCGAAAUGCUCUCGUCUCGACGCAGGCCCACGCACAUCUUGCUCCUGACCGCCUAUGCAUUCGUCAUCCUCUACAUCUCACGCGGCCUCAUCAAGCUGCGCAAGGUCCACUCGCGCUUCGGUCUCGCCUUCACAGGCACCACCCAGCUUCUCAUCAGCAUGGUCAUGAGUGUCAGCAUCUGUGCGCUUCUCGGCAUCCGACUCGCCCUGGUGCCGUGGGAGCUUCUGCCCUUUGUCAUCGUCGUCGUCGGCUCCGAAAACAUGUUUAGCUUGACCAAGGCCAUCAUCGACACUCCGCUCUCCCUCACCGUCUCCUCCCGCAUCGCGCACGGCCUCGGCAAGGUGGGCGUGCCCAUCACCCUCACCACCCUCGCCGACAUCCUCCUCCUCCUCGUCAUUGCCUUCUUCAUCGGCGUCCGAGCCGUGCGCGAAUUCUGCAUCUUCGCCAUCUUCUCCCUCAUGAUGGACUGGUUCCUCCAAAUGACCUUCUUCGUCACCGUCCUCAGCAUCGACAUGCAGCGCCUCGAGCUCGCAGAUCUUCUCACACAGGGAACCCGCCUCACGCGCAAACAGGACAGCGCUCUCCAGAUGAGCGACGGCAGCACCACGCAAGACUCGGCCGGCUCCAUCGACCAAGCGACUGGCGACGAUCAACCCGACGGCACCCUUCGCAAACAGGUCCGGUCCACCAACAUCGUUGUCAACCUUCUCUCUCAGCUGUGGAAGGCACGAUCGGCACGCACCGCCAGUCUCACCCUCAUCCUAGUCUACAUGAGCGGCCUCUACCUCUACUAUGGCACGGGAUACCCGAGCCUUCGGCAGUCGAGCUUUGUGCUACCCGCCGACUGGGACACGGUCCGCCAAGCGCCGGCUACAAACGCCGCAUUCGAUCCGUUCGGCCAUCUGGACGCCAAGACGGGCCCCUCCCUGCCCUGGUGGACAUCGUCGCCCAGCGCCGAUCUCUGGACCUCGCUCAAUCCGCUCGGCGCCAGCGAGCUCAGGGUUCAUGUCGAGCCUUGGACCAUCUUGUCCCUCCGCUCAUCCAACGACGCUCAGUCGCCUCCAUCGAUGUCCACGUUUGCAGGUUGGGCCCUCUUCCGACCGAGGAUCAGGGCCGUGAUUUGGUUCGCCAAGCUCGUCGUUCUGCCCAUCUCCGGAACGACAGCAUUGCUCUGGAUGCUCCUUCUCUACCUCUUGAAGGACACCGAGCUGCUCGAUGCGCAGAGGGACAAGUCUGAAGCGGAUCCUUCCGAGGGCGAGUCGGGCUCGCUUCUCAAUGACUCCGCUCCGCACCUGCGGCCGCACACCUCAAUCAUCACCAACGCCCAUCCGUGCGAUGUUGAGUUCCUGGUGCACGAUGGAGCGCUUGCCGCCUCGAUCGACAACGGCGGCGGCAUCCGCAUUUGGAGCGUUGUUGCCGCGUCCGGCGGCGACAAAGGCGUCGAAGUGAUGGGAAGCCUGGGCAGGACGCGCGCCGCCAGCGACGCAAGCGUCGUGACUGCCGCCGCAAUGUCAGCAGAAGCACGAUGGCUGUCGAUCGGAUACGAAUCGGGGCGGCUGCAUUUCGUCUCCACAGAGACCCUCGAGACGAUCUGGGACCAUGUUCCGGACAGCGCUGUCUCUCCAGUCAUCUCUUUGAUCCUACAGCAUCACGAGUCCAUGCACAUUCUCGAGUCUGCAACCGCGAUUUCGGCGCAUCGAGAUGGCACCAUCCGCAUCUGGAAUGUGGCGCGCAAACAAGUCACCUUGGCAUCCGCACAAACGCAUCUCGACCCUCGCUUGCGGUGGAGGAGCGUACAUGUCAAUGUGGCGCAUCAUCAAGGCAGCGCUCAUGGCGCCAACAAGCCGUCGGGGUCCUGCGAUCCGAGUUUGCUCGCAUUCGCCACGACGGACGGCUUGUUCCAUAUCAGGUCGGUCGAGCCGGCCACCUCCUCCACCAAGACCGUCUUCACACUUGCUUGCGAAGAUCGCAGCCGAGUCUGCUCGGCGCUUUUGUGCCAGCUGGCGAGCCGACCGCCAUCAGCGGACGAAGCAGCUCUGCUCAGAAGCACUCUGGUGCUCGGCUUUGCCAACGGACGCGUGCGCCUGAUCGAUGUCGAGACGGCCGAGACCAUCAGCAGUGUCGACCUCGACGACGGACCUGUGACCGGACUGUGCACCAUCGACGCUGGCGAUGCCAGCACCCCGGCCUUGAUAGCUCAGUCCACAUGUCGAUCUUCCCUGCUCAUCAUUGCCGGCGGGUCAAUGAACGCAGCUUCGUUGAUGGACAAGAGCGGAUCUGUGCACAGCAGUCUCGCAGGCUACCUGUCCGGUUCGCCGCUGCGUAUCCGCACGCCCAAUGGCUCUCGCACCAACGCCGCGACGUUUUGGGCGGAUGCUUCGACACCGCCCAGUCCCGCAGCCGAGCUUGCCAAUCCGCUGUCGUACCCAAUGUCUUCGCAUGGCUCCGCUUCGAGAUUGCGUCGCGCCAGUGCGCACACGCGAGACCGCAGCGGCGCCAGCGUGGUCGCCGAUGGCACCUCGCAGGCCGCGGCCAUGUCCUCGAGUCUGUCGGCGUUCCCAAACAUGCUCUCGCCCAGCACCUCGACGCAGAAGAUGGACGAGCGCCAGCUGCGUCUUCUCGGCUGGAUUCGAUGCGAGCGCGGCGGCAGCUUUGCGGUGGGCUCCAAGCCGUUGCUCAUCGGCGUGGGCCGAGCGCAGCGGAGCCCGCACCAGAGUCGGUGGGAAUGGUGGGCGCUGGAUCUGCGGCACGAGCUGACGCUCGGUCGAGGCGGAGAGCUGCUCGUGCCGCGACAGCCUCUACUGCUCGAGGCUGUGGACAAAACGGAUCGCGACGCGACGCCACGAUCCUCACUCUCGAUUCAGCGAAAUGGCCGACGGGAUCACGACGUCGUGAUGGAUGCGGCGCUGUCGUUCUCGCGACUCUAUCCCUUGCGCGGCCUUCCGACGUCUCAACGCGACGAGUCGGCGCUGCUGUUUGGCUUUGGCGGCUGUCUGGGCGCACUCAGUGUCAAAGCCUCGCAGCCGUGA